CAAGUACAACAAUCAGUGGCAGGCUGGCAGCUGCGUCAUUUUCCAUUUUCGGAAUCCCGCCAUCCACUUUUUGUCGGGAAUUCCCAGGGUGGGAAAAGAGUCGCCUCGCCUCUCUAUGGGGAUUGGAAAACCGAAACUCCUACACGAUCUUCGCCGAUUCAGACGACUGCUCACUCCUUCACUCCCUCUCGUUCGCUCGAUCCAUUCCCAAAACCCUAACUCAGUCAUCGUCUCUUACCCUUCUCUCCCCAUCGGUCAAUCCGAUUUAAUAGAGAGAUCCCAGCCAUGGAUGAAUGCGAGUUUGAUCGGGCUUCCGAACUCUAUGUGGUUUAGACCGUUCUCAAUUCAUACUGCAAGCAGUGAUAAGGUAGACAAAGAUGUAGGCCUCGAUGUGAGGUUGGAGACUGAGUUGGAGCAAUUGGAUGCAAAUGGAGAUGCAGUGGGAGUGAUUGGAAGUAAUGAAGAUGGGGAAGGAUUGCUUAGUCCUGUUCGUGCAGUUAUUUCUUUGCUGGAUGGGUACCAUGAUCUAACUGGUCUUGCUUGGUGGGUAACAAUUGCUUCCUCUACUUUGACCCUUAGGCUUUCACUACUCCCAGUUCUCAUUUUACAACUUAAAAAGAUGAAAAGGAUCUCUGAGCUAUUCCCUAAAUUGCCACCUCCGUUCCCACCACCUUUCUCAGGAAAGAGUUAUAUAAAACAGUUUUUGCUUUUUCGCACGGAAAGACACGCCAUUGGAUGCCCAUCAUAUUUAUGGUUCCUGGCAUCCUUCUCUGUACAGGUCCCAUGCUUUCUCUUGUGGAUGACAAGCGUCCGGAGGAUGUCAUUGGAUCAUCAUCCUGGGUUUGACUGUGGAGGCAUACUAUGGUUCCAGAAUUUGACGGAACUCCCACAUGGUGUUUUUGGAUCUAUUUUCCCAAUAUUGAUAGCCAGUCUCCAUUUCAUGAAUGUUCAGAUUUCUUUUCGGACAUCUACAGUUGGAAAAGCGACUGGCCUGUUUGGCUUAUUAGCCAAGUACUACAAGCUCUAUUUGCAAAUUCUCACACUACCCAUAUUUGUGAUGGGAUACUGUGUUCCUCAGGGGAGUUUAAUCUAUUGGGUAACCAAUAGUUCACUGUCUGUCAUUCAGCAAUUAUCUCUCAACCAUCCUGCUAUUCGCAACAAGUUAGGUCUACCUGAAAAAGAUGCUCUGGUAAAAAGUGAGACCUCUGGCAAUUUGGAGAAACUUGAGAUAAGGUCAUUGGAUACACUGGUGAAAAAUAACUCUGUUAAAAGCCUCUCUCCUUAUGAACUUCUUGCUCUUUCGAUCCAACUUUUAACAAAAGGAGAUAAAGAUAGAGCAAUCGCAUUACUACGAAUGGCGCUUGAGAAGGAUCCUGAAUAUAUAAGGGCUUUGGUUGUUCUGGGGCAGACACUAAUGCAAAAAGGACUUCUGCUGGAAGCUAUUGAGCACUUUGAACAUGCUAUUUCCAAGUUAUUAAUUGUUGGUCAUCCGACAGAUGAUGAGAAUAUUGAUCUUUUGAUCCUUUCAUCCUCGUGGGCAGGUGUAACCUACAUACGACAAGGUAGAAACGAAGAAGGAAUAGAGCACCUGGAAAGGAUAGCAAAAUUGAAAGAGCCAGAGGAUCCCAAGUGCAAAGCCCAUUAUUUUGAUGGAUUACUAUUGCUUGCAAGUGCUUUAUUAAAUGAAGGACGAAAGUCUGAAGCGGAAAAACUACUACAAAUGGCCGCUGCUUAUAAUCCUGCUUAUAAUGAAUAUUUACAACAAUGCCGAGAAGACAGCUAAUGGAGAGUUUUCUGAGAGUGUGAAUUCUGGUUGAAGGGAUUAGGUUUUCGUAUCUUGGUAUCCUUGAAAUUGGUUAGAUGAGAAAGUCAGCGCAGACUACGGAAUUGAACUACUGCUGACCGGAUUCAGCACCAUGCAUUUUCAUUGUGCUGGGCCAGAGAGUCACUAAAAUUUUGUAGGACUUAGAUCUUUAUUUUCUUAUAUUUACCUUCCCGAGGACUUUAAGAUGUCAGCAGGCAUCGGAUGAAGCUGAUCAUAUAAGAAGUUACAUGUAUCACAUACCAACUGUGUAUUUCAUGUCAUGUACCGUUUGCCCACCUUAAUAUUCUUAUUUUUUUGUUCUUUAUUUUUUUUUGGGUGUAAGCCUGUACUUGUUUUUUUAAUUGAACAUUACAUAAAUGUAGUUCAGUUACCACA